GCGCUGAUGGAUUCUAGUCUCCCUCGGCUACAAUUGGAACUCUACAAAGAGAUUAAAAAAAACGGUGCUUCCCGGAGUCUGCGGGCUGCUCUGUGGAGAUUUGCUGAACUUGCACAUCUUGUGAGACCUCAGAAAUGCAGGCCGUAUUUUGUGAACCUCCUGCCCUGCUUAACCCGGGUCAGCAGGCGGCCCGAAGAAUCCGUGCAGGAAACCCUGGCGGCGGCGAUGCCCAAAAUCAUGGCAGCUUUUGGAAAUUUUGCCAACGACAGCGACAUCAAGGUUUUAUUAAAAGCUUUCAUUGGGAAUCUCAACUCCAACUCUCCAACCAUCCGUCGGACGGCGGCCGCAGCCACGGUGAGCAUCUGUCAGCAUUCACGAAGGACGCAGUAUUUUUACACCCGGUUGCUUCAAGUAUUGCUAGGGCUGUUGUGUCCCAAGGAAGAAGAGCACCCCAGCGUCUUGAUCCUCGGGGUGUUGCUCACCCUGAGGUACCUGAUCCCAUUGCUGCAGCAGCAGGUGAAAGACACCAGCCUGAAAGGCAGCUUCGGGGUGAUACAGAAGGAAACCGAGAUCUCGCCUUCCUUGGACCAACUCAUACAGAGAGAAUUUUCAUGCACCUUUGACCCAUCAUGCCAGCAUUUCCUUGAUGAGGUAGACUCAGCCUUAGAAGCCCCCAGCCCAUAUUUUCCUGCUAAAGUCCUUUCAGGAGAAGAAGAAGGUCUGGAAGAAGACUCUGAAGCCAGAUCUGAAACCAGCCAGAUGGGCUUUGCAGGGUCUGUGAAAAGCGAGCUCAGCAGUGAAUUGGCUCCCACCUCGGGCCUGGCGACAGCGGCCGGCUUGGCCUCCGAUCCUCCGGCUUGCGACAUCAUCACGGAACAGCCCCGUUCUCAGCACGUCCUGCAGUCCGAGUCGGAGCUCCCCGCAUGCGAUCCGACAGGCGCGGCCCCGAGAGCUGAUGCCGACGACGAGAUCCUGAGCCGGAGUUCCAGCCAGAUCAGCGCCAUCCAGUCGGACGUGAACGACGGCACCUCGUCGCCCAUCAGCGACAGCUCCCAGACCACCACCGAAGGGCCGGACUCGGCGGUGACCCCCUCCGAUUUCUCCGAAAUGAUUCUAGAGGGUGGCGAGAAUCAGUACUCCGGAAUGCAGAUCGGACAACUGCAGGACGAAGAAGAAGAAGCGACAAGCGAUCUACACAAUGAGGACCUGGAUCCUUUCCGAAAUUCUUGCCUCGCUCUGGUGCCGGAUAAAGAAGUCCGGGUCAGCGUGAAAGCCUUGGCCAUCAGCUGUGUGGGGGCAGCAGUGGCCCUUCACCCGGAAGCUUUCUUCAGCAAACUGUUCAAAAUGCCCGCUGAAAGUGUCAAAGAAGAAAGGGAGCAGUACGUGAAGGACAUUGUGAAUUAUAUCGACCAUGGCGAUCCACAGAUCAGAGGCACCACUGCG